ACCAUUUUUAGUCUUUCUCAUUUCCUUUUUCUUCUCUCUCUUGUUUUUGAUGAAAAUGGAUAUGAGAUUCAGAAUUUCGAUUCUAUUUUUUCUUGUAGCAAUACUGCUUCCAGCCGGCCAUAGCUGGGGUAAAGAUGGCCAUGCCAUCAUCUGCAAGAUAGCCCAGUCUCGUUUGAGUGAAAAUGCAGGAAAAGCAGUGGAGGAGUUGCUGCCUGAAUACGCAGGGAAUGAUCUAGGGAGUGUAUGCUCAUGGGCUGAUCAAGUCAAAUUUAUAUUCCACUGGUCCAGACCCCUCCAUUACAUUGAUACUCCUGACUCCUUGUGCAACUACCAGUACUCUAGGGACUGCAAGGAUGAAGAUGGUGCUAAAGACAGGUGUGUUGCCGGAGCCAUUAACAAUUACACCAAGCAGCUUGAGACCUAUUCACAAUCUUCAUCUUCAUCCGGAUAUAAUCUCACUCAAGCACUGCUUUUCCUUUCACACUUCAUCGGAGAUAUACAUCAGCCACUACAUGUUGGGUUCACUUCAGACAGAGGAGGGAACACCAUAGAUGUCCACUGGUACACGAGGAAAACAGUUCUCCAUCAUGUAUGGGAUGAUAGUAUUAUUGAUACUGCACUGGAGAGAAUUUACGAUUCCAAUGUCGACAGUUUGAUCGAAGCCAUCCAACAGAAUAUUACGGGAGAAUGGGCAGAUGAAGUUAAGAGCUGGGAAAAAUGCAGUUCAAAUCAAGAUGCAUGCCCAGAUCCAUAUGCAACCGAAGGGGUUCAUGCAGCCUGUGACUCCGCAUACAAAAAUGUCACUGAUGGUUCAGUAUUACGAGAUGAAUACUUUCUAUCUCGCUUGCCUGUUGUCUACCUGAGGUUGGCACAAGGAGGUGUACGGUUAGCAGCAACCCUCAACCGAGUCUUAGGUUGAGAUCAAAUAUUUGAGUCGCAUAUACCAUUUACUACUUUCUUUUUAAUAGUUGGUAGAAUUCAUGGUAUUAAUAGACAAACAUUACUUUAUGUAAACAUUAAUAUGGGCACAAGCUGAAAUGCUUCAAAGCAUUUCGAAAUGCUACAUAUAGUAAGGCUGGCAUUUAAUCCAAAAGGAGAAAUAAAUUGAACAUGUAAAUCAAUCGAGCAUGGCAGAGUUAUCAGUACCA